CUCAUAAUUUGCUCUCAUCUGGUGCGCCUUUUUAGCUCUCGCUUUGUAUUGCUCUCUCUUUUCCGGUUAACAGGACUUUCUAUCUCACGCUCUCUCCUCUUGGAUUCUCCGCGGCGCACGUUAACUCCGGCCGUUCUCUAACCUACGCCCCCCUCCCCGGAGGAUCGAGAGAGUUCCUAGGGUUUGGUUGUAUUGGAUCGUUGAUUUUUACUAAAGAUCUGUAAUAGGAGAACAGUAAUCUGUGCGGCAAUUCUUUUCUGGUGGAGGGGAAAUCUAGGGCUAGGGUUUUGAUGCACUGGCGGAAAUCCAAAUCCGCCAAACGGGUUGCGUUUCGGGUCGGACCCCUGCCAUGGCCAAUCCCGGAGCCGGGACUAAGUUUGUGUCGGUGAAUCUGAACAAAUCGUAUGGGCAACCUCAUCACCAUCAACAUUCAUCUAAUCAGAGCUCUUAUGGAUCUAAUCGAACCCGACCCAGUAGUCAUGGUGGCGGCGCAGGAGGAGGAAUGGUGGUCCUUUCGAGGCCUCGAAGCUCACAGAAGGCUGGGGCGAAGCUUUCUGUUCCACCCCCCUUGAACUUGCCCUCCUUGCGAAAGGAGCAUGAGAGGUUCGAUUUGUUGGGAACAGGGGUUGGGCCCGCUGGUGGGGUUUCGGGAAGUGGGCCAAGGCCAACUUCGUCCGGUAUGGGGUGGACUAAGCCGGGCACGAUUGCAUUGCAAGAGAAAGAGAAUGAAGGGUUUAGUGAUCAUGGAGCUGAUGGAGUUGAUCCAGGUUUGAGUAGUGUCGAUGGGUUGAGCAGGGGGAGCAGCGUGUAUUUGCCGCCCUCGGCUCGGUCAGGCAUGGCGGGACCCCCGGCUUCUGCUUCAAUUGGACCUCUACCACCACCAGCAGAGAAAGCGACCGUUUUGAGGGGAGAGGAUUUUCCAUCUCUGAAGGCUGCUCUGCCUUCCACAUCAUGUCCUCCACAGAAACAAAAGGAUGGUUUGAGUCAAAAACAGAAGCAAGCAGUUGGUAAUGAGUCAACCAACGAGCAGAAGGUUGGUUCCCGUUUGAGCUCUCAAGGUGGUAUGCGCCCUCAAAUGCAACCAUCCCAUCAUGGUGUUGUUAAUGGUUUGAUCGAGAAGGGUGGUGAAAGUCACGGUUUUGGUGGUUCAUGGACAUCGGAGCGAGUUCGGAAGCAGGAAGAGUAUUUUCCAGGUCCACUGCCGCUUGUUCGUGUGAAUCCGAGAUCAGAUUGGGCUGAUGAUGAGCGUGACACAAGUUUUGGUUUGACAGACCGUAGAGAUCAUGGGUUUCCCAAGGGCGAAGCUCACUGGGAAAGAGAUUUUGAUAUGCCCAGGGUUAGCGUUUUACCAAAGAAGCCAGUUCAUAACCAUUUUGACAGGUGGGGUCAGCGUGACAAUGAAGCUGGAAAGGUUUUUUCCAGUGAAGUCCCCAAAAUGGACCCUUUCAACAGAGAUGUAAGAAUGCCUAGUAAAGAAGGGCGGGAAGGAAACUCGUGGAGAACUGUCUCUCUUCCUAAAGAUGGAUUUGGUGUUCCAGGAGUUGAAAAUGAUCGAAGUAGUACCAGUGUGAGGCCGGCUACACUUAAUAGAGAGACAAUUAAAGAGAACAAAUACACAGCAUCACCUUUCCGUGAAAAUGGGAAUAAUGAUAUUGGAAGGACAAAUAUCGGGUAUGGACAGGGAGGGAGACACCUAAGGAACAACGCAGCAGAUCUAUAUAGCAGCCGAGGGCUGAAGGGAAUACGAGACCGGUACAGCCAUGAACAGCACACCAAAUAUAGGGGCGAUGCUUUCCAGAAUAACUUGGUAUCUAAAUCCUCAUAUUCCUUGGGUGGUAAAGGGCUUCCUGUUAAUGAUCCGUUACUCAAUUUUGGUAGGGAGAAACGUCCAUUCUCAAAGAGUCAAAAACCCUAUAUGGAGGACCCUUUCCUCAAAGACUUUGAAGCUAUAGGUUUUGAUGGACGGGAUCCCUUUUCUGGGAGUCUCGUUGGGGUGCUUAAGAGGAAGAAAGAUGUGCCUAAACAGACUGAUUUCCAUGAUCCUGUAAGGGAAUCGUUUGAGGCCGAACUUUUGAGAGUCCAAAAGUUGCAAGAAGAGGAGAGGCAGCGGAUCAUUGAAGAGCAAGAAAGAGCCUUGGAACUAGCUCGAAGAGAAGAAGAGGAGAGAGAUAGGUUGGCUAGGGAACAGGAAGAAAGGCAGAGAAGGUUGGAAGAGGAAGCCAGGGAAGCAGCAUGGAGAGCAGAGCAAGAACGACUGGAAGCCAUGCAAAGAGCUGAAGAACAGAGGAUAGCUAGAGAAGAGGAGAAACAAAGGAUUAUUAUGGAGGAAGAGAGGAGGAAACAGGCUGCUAAGCAAAAGCUUUUAGAAUUGGAGCAAAGGAUUGCCAAGAGGCAGGCUGAAGCAGGGAAGGCUGGUGGUAAUUAUCCCGCUGCUGCAGAUGAGAAGAUGUCCGAUAUGGUAAAUGAAAAAGAUAGCUCUAGGAUGGCAGACAUCGGUGAUUGGGAAGAUGGUGAAAGAAUGGUGGAGAGGAUUACAACAUCAGCAUCUUCUGAUUCCUCCAGUCAUAAUAGGCCAUUUGAGAUGGGUUCUAGGCCUCACUUUUCAAUAGAUGGCUCUUCCACCCUGAUGGACAGGGGAAAACCUGUUAAUUCGUGGAGAAGAGAUGCGUAUGAGAGUGGGAGCAGCUCAAACUUCCUCAUCCAAGACCAAGAGAAUGGCCACCAUGGUCCCAGGAGAGAUUCAUCUGCUGGUAGGAGAUCGAUUUCUAGAAAAGAGUUCUAUGGAGGAGCUGGAUUUAUGUCUUCUAGGACUCAUCAUCGAGGUGGGAUUCCAGAACCUCACAUGAAUGAUUUCACUCAUCUUAGAGGGCAGAGGUGGAAUCUUUCCGGGGAUGGUGAUCAUUAUGGCAAAAAUAUGGAGAUGGACUCAGAAUAUCAUGAGAAUCUUGUUGAAAAGUUUGGUGAUGCUGGAUGGGGUCAAGGUCAUUCCCAUGGUACUCUUUAUCCUCAAUAUUCUGACCGUUCGUAUCCAAAUACUGAGGCAGAUGGGCCUUAUUCAUUUGGGAGGUCACGGUAUUCCAUGAGGCAGCCUCGUGUUCUUCCCCCUCCAUCACUAGCUUCUAUGAACAAGACGACCUACAGGGUUGAGAAUGAACAUCCUGGUCCUACUUUUCUGGAAAACGAGGUACGGUACAAUCGUCCAGCUCGAAGUGAACCUAACAUGCAGACUGGGUAUGAUGAUAGUCAUCAAGAGAAUCUUGAGCAACGUGAACUUGGUAAUGUCCAACAACAGAAUCCUGAGAAUCGGGAGCAAAAUUUAGAUAAUAACGCCACACCAAGGUGUGACUCGCAGUCUUCACUCUCUGUUUCAAGUCCUCCUAGUUCUCCAACUCAUCUAUCUCAUGAUGAUCCGGAUGAAUCUGGAGAUUCUGCGGUGGCAUCAGCUGCAGGAGAAGAAAAGGAUGCUCCCCUGUCAGAACAGGAGAAUGAACCUGUUGUCUUAUCGACCAAAGCUGAGGAAGAAAGUAUGGUGACCACCUCAAGUGCUGGUGAUGAUGAAGAAUGGACUAUAGAGAAUGAUGAGCGGUUGCAAGAGCAGGAAGAAUAUGAUGAGGAUGAAGAUGGAUACCAGGAAGAAGAUGAAGUGCAUGAAGGAGAGGAUGAGAAUGUUGACCUAAACCGGGAGUUUGAGGAUAUGCAUCUAAAGGAGAAAGGGUCACCUGACAUGAUGGAAAAUUUCGUUUUAGGCUUCAAUGAGGGUGUUCCGGUUGGCCUGCCAAAUGAUGAUUUUGAAAGGAGUUCAAGGAAUGAAGAAAGUAGUUUUGUGAUACAACAGGGAUCAACAGAUGCUUUUGAAGAACGUGGAUGUUGUGAUGGACAAGCCCUUAAACCUGUGGAUGUUGCUCCUCAAGUGAGCAGUGAUGGUUCUUCCAGAGUGUUCCAGGAAACUGAGAAGGCCAUGCAGGAUUUUGUCAUUCAACCCAAUUAUGCUCAUGCAUCAGCAGCACGUGAGAUUUUAGAUCAUGCGGAGGCUUCUAGUAGCUCUGGUAUGUCAGUUCAGCAUCCUGUCCCAUCUGUAAUCAAUCUGGCCUCACAUCCUUCAUCUAGUCAGACUGUGAUGUCUACUGUACCUGCUGUACCGAUUCAAACUGAGGUGCCUGUUAAGUUUGGGCUGUUUUCUGGUCCUUCUCUAAUACCACCUCCAGUUACGGCCAUACAGAUUGGCUCUAUUCAGAUGCCUCUUCACCUGCAUCCUCAGGUUGGCCCAUCCCUCACCCACAUGCACCCAUCACAGCCUCCUCUCUUCCAGUUUGGUCAGCUAAGGUACACAUCUCCUAUAUCUCAGGGAGUAUUGCCAUUGGCUCCUCAAUCCAUGUCAUUUACUCAACCCAAUGUUCCAGCCAGUUUUUCCUUAAAUCAGAACCCAGGAGGUCCUCUGCAAAUUCAACUGGGUCAAGAAUCUUCUGCUCAUAAUCCAACGAAGAACAAUGCUGUGUCACUUUCAAUGGAUAACCAACCAGGCCUUAUUUCAAGUCAUCUGGAGCAUUCCCAAGGAAUUGUGACAAAAGAGGUAAAUUCAUUUGCUGCUAGAGAGAAUGCUGGAAAAACUGUUAAAAAGCAGCAGGUUCAAACAGAGAUUUCCAAUUGUGGUGAUGACAGUGGACGGUAUGAAUCAUAUCAGCAGGUAGAAGAUCAGGGGCACCAUAAUUCAGUUGUGAAGAACUACAAUUCCUUGUCCAAUACGAGAGAAAGGCAGCCUCAAUAUGAAGCAGCAUCAUCUCAGUUGGUUUCAAAAGAAAAGGAUUUAAGUGGAACAAAGACUCAAGGGCCGAUAUCUGGUGGCAGAGGGAAAAGAUAUGUCUUCACGGUUAAAAAUCCUAGCUCAAAAUUAUCACAUCCAGCUGCUGACACUUCUCACACAGACUUUAAUGGAUUGCAGAGGAGGCCCCGACGUAAUGUUCAGCGCACUGAGUUUCGAGUUCGGGAAAGUGCUGAUAAGAGACAAUCUACUGGUUUGGUUUCAUCUCAUCACAUUGGGGUGGAUGAUAAGUCAAAUACCAAUGGAAGGGGUACAGAAAUAUCCAUGAGAAGUGCGCCUCGGAAGGUGGCUGUGUCAAGUAAGCAAUUGAAACCAACACUAGACUCAGCAUACUUGACUUCAGGUCCAUCUAGAUCACAGGAGAUGGAUUCGGGGAGCAGAAAUGAAAAGGGAUAUGUAAAGGAAACCUUGCCGAGGAGUCAGAGCAUCCUUCACUCCAGAGAGGGAAACCUUAAACGGAAUAUUGGUUCUGAAGAGCUUGUUGAUGCUUCCUUGCAAAGUGGCAUCGUGCGCGUCUUCGAGCAACCUGGCAUUGAAGCUCCUAGUGAUGAAGAUGACUUCAUCAAGGUGCGGUCGAAGAGGCAAAUGCUGAAUGAUCGGCGGGAACAAAGAGAGAAAGAAAUCAAGGCAAAGUCUCGGGUCUCAAAGAUGCAGCGGAAACCUCGUUCUACUUCACAGAACACUAUCAUCCCAGCCAAGUUAAGUAAAAUUUCUGCAUCAACAAGUAGAGAAGCAUCAAAGAGCCUUCGGCCUGACCUUGUUUCAUCUGAGGGACGUGGCUUGGCAAACAUUGAAGUAUCCUCUGGAUUUAACACUGCCAUAGUCUCACAACCAUUGGCUCCAAUUGGUACUCCUUCUGUGAAAACUGAUUCCCAAACUGAUGUGCGAUCCCAAGCAAUCAGAUCCCUCCAGACAGGCUCCGUUCCUACAGUAACUGGUGGUGGCAAGAGCAUUGGACCAGGAGAGAUUUUUGACAGCAAAAAUAAGGUCUUCCUUGGACCACAAGUGGUGAUUGACGUGGUCCUUGAUAAUGCCCGGACAUCAUCAUUGGGGCCUUGGAACAAUUCAAGGAUUAAUCAGCAGGUUAUGGCCCUAACACAAACACAACUUGAUGAGGCUAUGAAGCCUGAACAAUUCGAUUCUAAUGCUUCUGUUGUAGAUCAUAAUAACUCUGUUAGUGAGCCCCUCAUGCCAUCAUCAUCCAUCUUGACAAAGGACAUGUCAUAUUCUUCUGCCACGAGGCCAAUCAACUCCCUGCUUACUGGGGAGAAAAUCCAAUUUGGUGCAGUUACAUCUCCAACAGUUCUCCCUCCUAGCAGCUGUGUGGUUUCUCUUGGUAUUGGCCCUCCAGGUCCAUGUCGGUCUAAUAUCCAAAUAUCUCACAAUCUUCCUGGAGCUGAGGAUGAUCGCAAUCUUUACUUUGGAAAGGAGAAAAAUGUCCCCAAAUCUUGUGUUCACUUGGAGGAUUGUGAAGCUGAAGCUGAAGCAGCUGCUUCAGCGGUUGCCGUUGCAGCCAUCAGCAAUGAUGAGAUUGUUGGAAAUGGGCUGGGUGUUUCCCCCGUAUCUGUGUCAGAUACGAAAAGCUUUGGAGCUGAUAUUGAUGGAAUAACAGCAGGUGUAGAUGGUGAUCUGCAAUUAGAAAGUCAAUCAAGGGCAGAAGAAUCUAUCAGUGUUGCUCUUCCUGCUGAUCUAUCUGUUGAGACCCUGCCAAUUUCCUUAUGGCCACCCUUGGCGAGUCCACAAAACUCCUCAAGCCAGAUGCUUUCUCAUUUUCCUGGAGGACCGCCUUCUCAUUUUCCCUUUUACGAGAUGAACCACAUGUUGGGGGGGCCUAUCUUUGCUUUUGGACAACAUGAUGAAUCUUCAUCCACCACUCAAUCACAGCCCCAGAAGAGUAGUGCAUCAGCUUCAGGGCCACUUGGGACCUGGCCACAAUGCCAUUCUGGUGUAGAUUCAUUCUAUGGCCCUCCUGCUGGAUUUACUGGCCCCUUCAUCAGUCCUCCAGGAGGCAUCCCAGGGGUUCAAGGCCCUCCACACAUGGUUGUUUAUAGCCAUUUUGCACCAGUUGGACAAUUUGGACAAGCUGGCUUGAGUUUCAUGGGUGCCACUUAUAUCCCGUCUGGCAAGCAACCUGAUUGGAAGCACAAUCCUGGGUCAACUGCUUCGAGUGUGGGUGAGGGGGAUAUAAAUAAUUUGAAUAUGGUUUCUGCACAGCGCACUCCUUCAAACAUGCCCUCUCCUAUCCAGCAUCUUUCCCCUGGGUCGCCUCUCCUGCCAAUGCCUUCUCCUUUGGCCAUGUUCGAUGUAUCUCCUUUCCAGUCUUCUCCUGACUUGUCAGUCCAAGCUCGUUGGCAGCACGUUCCUGCUUCACCUCUUCAAUCUAUUCCCCAGUCAAUGCCAUUGCAAAAACUGGCAGAAGGUGCUCUUACAUCUCAAUUCAGCCAUGGGCCUGCUGUUAACCAGUCAUUAACUGCCAACAGAUUCUCUGAUUCUCGAAGUUCAAUGCCAUCUGACAGCAGCCGGAAUUUUCCUGUGCCAACUGAUGCAACUGUCACCCAGUUCCCCGAUGAAUUAGGGUUAGUAGAUCCUGCAAGCUCCUCUGGCACUGGGGCUCAGGCACAGGCUGUGGUCACUAGUAGCUCAUCUGUAAGCACCGUUGCUGAUGCUGGCAAGACUGAUCUCCAGGCACGCAGUAGCAAAAACAGCAGUGGCCACAGCACAAAUUCCGUUUUUAAGACUCAGUCAUCUCAGCACAAGCAGUAUGGUCAUUCCUCGGGGUACAGUUAUCAAAGAGGAGGUGGGGUUUCCCAAAAGAAUAGUUCGGGGGCCGAAUGGGCCCAUCGCAGAAUGGGGCUCCAGGGAAGGAAUCAGUCUUUGGGUGCAGAAAAAAGCUUUCCUGCAAAGAUAAAGCAAGUUUACGUGGCCAAACAGACUACAAGUGGGACAUCAACAGUGUCAUAAGGAACAUAAAACGGAACUACUUGGAUUCGAGGAGAAAAGCAUCAGAUUGACGCAUUUCUCGUAAUGACAAUUUUGGUUACUUUUUGCAGCAUUUAUGGUACUACUGCUAGGAUCCAACUAGUAUUCAGGUGUGGUUUUUGUUGAUCUAUCGAUCUUUAUGAUCGUUUUCCCAAUUAAGGUUUGUAGAACUGGGUGGUAAAUACCAAAUUUUUAAUCUUCUAGGUA